CCUCGUCUGCCUGCCACCAACCCAGUUCCUCUCCUCGUGAAACCAAAGCGCCGACCGACCGAUCGCGUACGCACCUGACGAACCAGACCAACUCGGGACCAACCGAUGGCUAUGGCGACGGCGAAGCUGAGCUCCCCGGCGACCAGCUUGCUGGCUGGCGGCCGCGCGCGCCGGUCCGCGCCCGCCCGCCGCGCGACGGUGAUCCGCGCCGCGGCAGGCUCCUACUCCGACGAGCUCGUCUCCACCGCGAAAUCGGUUGCUUCCCCUGGACGUGGUAUUCUGGCAAUUGAUGAGUCAAAUGCAACAUGUGGAAAGAGGCUAUCGUCAAUUGGUUUGGACAACACAGAACCUAACCGCCAGGCUUACAGGCAGCUUUUGCUGACAACUGCUGGUCUUGGUGAAUACAUUUCUGGUGCUAUUCUUUUUGAGGAGACUCUUUAUCAAUCAACUACAGAUGGCAGGAAGUUUGUUGACUGCUUGAAGGAUCAGAAUAUCAUGCCUGGCAUCAAGGUUGACAAGGGCUUAGUUCCAUUGCCUGGAUCCAACAAUGAAUCGUGGUGCCAAGGUCUUGAUGGUUUGGCUUCAAGGUGUGCUGAGUACUAUAAGCAGGGGGCGCGCUUCGCAAAGUGGAGGACUGUUGUUAGCAUCCCUUGUGGUCCAUCUGCAUUAGCAGCGAAGGAAGCAGCAUGGGGACUUGCUCGAUAUGCUGCUAUUGCUCAGGAUAAUGGCUUAGUGCCAAUUGUGGAGCCAGAGAUCCUUCUUGAUGGAGACCAUGGGAUCGAAAGAACUCUUGAGGUGGCAGAGAAAGUGUGGUCUGAGGUGUUCUUCUACUUGGCCCAGAACAAUGUUCUGUUUGAGGGUAUCCUGCUGAAGCCCAGCAUGGUCACUCCUGGAGCCGACCACAAGGAGAAGGCUUCUCCAGAAGCCAUCGCAAAGUACACGCUAACAAUGCUCAGGCGGAGAGUGCCACCCGCUGUUCCUGGAAUCAUGUUCCUUUCUGGUGGGCAGUCCGAGGUGGAGGCGACUCUGAACCUGAAUGCGAUGAACCAGUCUCCGAACCCAUGGCACGUAUCAUUCUCCUACGCCCGGGCUCUGCAGAACUCGGUGCUGAAGACAUGGCAAGGGCGCCCCGAGAACGUCGAGGCGGCGCAGAAGGCCCUGCUGGUGCGCGCAAAGGCCAACUCGCUGGCACAGCUAGGUCGCUACACUGGUGAGGGUGAGAGCGACGAGGCGAAGAAAGGCAUGUUCCAGAAGGGCUACACCUACUAACGUGCCAGCGAGAAUAUUUCCAUGACGUUAUACUUAUUGUUUUGGUGUUUACAUUAUACUUAUCGUUUUGGUGUCACGGUUUUUUUUUUUUUUUGGGGGGGGGGGGGGGGGGGGGGGGGGGGGGGGGGGGGGGGGGGGGGGGGGGGGGGGGGGGGUCAUUCGAGUGAAUAAAAGCCAAAUUGUUGGUGCCAACAACCUCUACCGUUGUAGAACCCUGAGAAGGAACAUGUACUCUGAGAUCGUCAAAUGAUAUUUGCAAUCUGGUAAAUUGUGUUCCUAGCCACGUUGCCACCUGUGCCAAGCACAACAGAUGAGAAACUGCCUUGACUUUUUGUA